AAAUUCACAUGUGUUCUCAAUAAGGCGAGGUAAACAAAAGGCUUUUUGCUCCUCGUGUGAUGUCGAACGGGGAAUGUCUCGCACGCUCCUGUUCGAUCUUUGAGGAAGAUUCAACCAGUUUGAAUACAAAUCGUUGUUGGAAAAUAUAAUGGCGUCAUCGUCAUCUGACAGUUUUGAAGCUGUCGAAAAUAAAGAGCUGCCGUUGGACAUUCCGGUGACGGCUGACAACUUUUGGCAAGGGGUAUCCGUAUGGUUGUCCAACCCGCACGUUGUGAAUCGCCGACUCUUUGGCUGCAAAAUCGUCACGUCUGGGGGCCUCCAGCAGUGCACUAAGUUGGACAUCAGCCGAUUCGUCGAGCACUGUGUUCAGAAAGAAUGGAUUUCCACGGACUUUGAGCCUCUAUUUCCAGAGUUCUUUGGCCAAAGAAAUGCUAUGGAUGAAGAGUUUUCAGUCCGUCAAUUAAAGCCACGUCCUAAUUUGAAUGUAAUUUAUCUUGUCAGGCAACUGCUUGCAAAGAAUCAGUCUAAAUCUGGAGAAGCCAAUAGAGAUAUUAUUUUUAUAGACUUCACCAAUAAUGAAGCUACAUUUAUUCCUUUCAUGGAAAAUGGGGAGUCGAUGCAAACAAAACUUCCAUACAAGAUUCAAGCUUCAUUUGAUCCAGGACAAAAUAUCAGAUUCCUUUUGUACUCGAAGAGAUCCGGAUCUGAUUUGACAGAAAACUGGCUUCGUACAACAUUGUUUCCAAGGAUUACCAAGUGGAUAUGUGCGAAACCAAAGCAAAGCUCAACAAUUCCAACUGAGUCGCUAACCCAAAUCGAUCUCGACAAGUACAAUGCAACAUACAGUCGCCUCAAAGCAAAAUAUGGGCCAUAUUUUGUCAAGAUAUGGACUGAACAGACUGACCCUUUGAAAUUUGUGUAUGAGGAUUUGGCAAUUGCAAGUUAUUUGCUCUGCUUGUGGAACUGCAAUGAAGGCGAUGCAGGGCCAUCAUUUGUAGACCUUGGGUGUGGAAAUGGGCUACUUGUUCAUGUUUUGAAUGAGGAGGGAUGCCAUGGGACUGGUUUGGACAUCAGAAGUCGCAAAAUCUGGGCAGUAUACCCUGAAACAACAAAACUUGAGGUAUCAACAGUGGUCCCAAGCUCUGAUACAGUCUACCCUGAAGUUGAUUGGCUAAUUGGAAACCACUCUGAUGAACUAACCCCUUGGAUACCAGUUCUUGCAGCGCAAAGUUCACCCAGUUGCAACUUUUUCCUUUUGCCGUGCUGCUCAUUUGAUUUUUAUGGAAAGUACCAGCGAAAGGUCUCUUCAAAUAGCCAGUACACAGAGUACAUUGGCUACAUUGCCUCAAUCGGCAAAAAUUGUGGUUUUGACGUGACCAUCGACAAAUUGAGAAUUCCCUCGACUAAGCGAACUUGCCUCAUUGGUCAAUCAAAUUUGAUUCCACUGUCAAAAGAUUCACUUUGGGAUUUUGUAAACAGCUCAAACAGUGCCAUUUUCAACCCUCGCCCAGCAGAAGAACAAGUUCGAAACUGCACAAAACUGCCCAAGGAUAUAAUUGAGUCUGUCGUGAAAAUGGUGUCUAGAAAAAUGUUUGAAAGUGUGAAGGAAGGAGAGUGGCAAGUGGAAGGGGGCUUGAGCAUGGCUGAUGCAGCUCAAUUGGUGCCAGAUGAUAUGAAAUUGCAGAUGAAGAAAGAGUUUGGAGGCUUGCAGACACUUCUCAGAAACAACCACAGCAUUUUUCAAGUUCAAGGAGGUAUUGUCAAGUUCAGGCUUCCAAAACUAAAUUUAGAUCUUAAAAAUACCGCAAAAUGGAAAAAUCGCCCUUGCUGGUUCUUCUCAAACCAUAUUAAUGGUUGUCCUCUACCAGAUGAGCAUUGCAGCUUUCAACAUGCUCCUAACUCCGAUUAAACUUUCUUGUAAACAAUAUUACACAGUUAAGUCUAAUUUCUCAUUACUGAAGUUUUACUUAUUUUAUUGCAGAAAAUUAAAAUUGAUAACAUUGCAUGGUCAUUUGCAAGCAUCAAUAUCAAGGUUCAUGUUUUAGAAAUUUCUUGUGUUUUUAAUUUAAAAUACAAUAAUAAAAUAGAAUAAAAUAAAAUAGAUUUUAGUAUAUUACACGAA